CUACAGUUUGGUUCGCGGUUAAUCGAAAACGCACGAAAAUACGCGGAGUUUCAGAUGCGGCGAAAACAUUUCGAUCUUGUUGGUUCUUUGUCGUUCUAGAUAUGAUGAGAGCCAGCAGAAAAAAGGAUCGCAUUGGUAUGCCAUGAUGCGAACGGUGGGACGAAAACACGCGUCAUGUUCAAUUGGAUUGUUAUUGACGCGAGGGUUGGUUGCGCGGCCAUGCCAGUCGUCGGGUGAAUGGCUUAGUCGGCAGAUGGCGCUGCGUUCGUUUCGGUCCACCCUGCCUGCGCUGGAAUGCCCUCAGCGAGGAGCCUGUCGACGCUGCCGUCUUUCGUGGAGCUUUUUUCCACGCCACGAUCAGGUGACUGGGCCAAGGCCCUUUUUGGACCUUACGACUCGUUUCCUAACCACUGACGGACAUUCGUGAGCGGACGUGUAAUCGCGGAAACAGAUACGAGAAGGCGCCAGCCGGGUGGUCCACUUUACAUGUACGGAGGUGCUGUGUUGUGUUGUGCACCAGAAGGCGGUUCCAGUGCACUCUAUACUUUGAUCAUAUCUCAUCGUUCCAUCUCGCUGUUCGAUAGUGUGAUUCUAUCCGACAUCCUGUGUUACUAGGUUCUAUCUAAGAGCUGUGUUUAAACGAUCGACGAUUAUUAGCCGCAAGAAGAGGACGCGGCAGGCGACCGAGUUAAAGCAGAACACGGGAGUGUCGUCCACCAUUUUGGCUGCGCGAGGUUAUUCGAUGUGUGCACCAUUCUCAUUACACGUUCCCUGUUUUCGUAUUUCGCAUCCAAUUGUAUCGUUCAUGAUGUUAAUCGAAUUGUCGUUCGAAUCGAGAGACGAUCGUAAACAGUGUACGAAGAGAUAAUUCCUGGAAGAUGAUCUCUUAAAAGUUGACGUUAAAUGGAGCAAGGCGAGGGCUGUUUUUCUGUUAAUCCCCGAUGCUGUCAGCUGGUCGUCUCGAAGUGUGACGGUGAUAAAAAUUGAGAAAAUUCGUGAACGUGGAAUUCGACCUCUGUGCCAUCUUAUACGUGUUACGAAUGAUCGUACGGGAAGUAAGAAAUGUUUCGAAGAAUAUCGUGAAUCUCUGAAAUAAAUCAUAGUGGAAUAGAACGAUGUCGCUGGAAAGUGGGUUACUAUAAGUGCCGUCCCUGCUGUUGGUGAAAAUUGACGUUCACGGGGAUAUCCUGUGCCUCGUAAUCGUUCAUCCUACACACUCGUUUACCCUCUGCUGCUUAUCGCGUGGAUACUGACGAAUUCGCGUAGAUAAUUUUAGUGCAGCUGAUCAGGAACGACGUGUCUGAGGGAGUCAGCCUGUGUGAAGGAUCUCGAGUGCUAUUAACCUCGUUUCGUGGCCACCUCGCGGCGGAACGAUUCUCGUUCCGCGAUUUUUCUCUGGACUUACGUUCUCGAGGUGCGCGUUUUAACGUGAUGGGAGAUGGGCGGCGCGAUUAACGACCAGGAACCUGCGGUGGGGCGAGUACAGGAAUCGUGGCGUUCGGACACGAUCUACAUAGCAGAGAUAAACAGUGGCGGAGGGAAUGGUGAAGAGAAAAGAAGGAGAGGAUGAACUUGUUAUAAAGCUGCCGCGGACGAGACGAAACGACACGAUGGAGACCAAGUGACUGUAAUAUUCUCUCGAUCUCCUGGAUGGGAUCGUAGGGCGUAGUUUCUAGAUGUAUCGUGCGAUUAUUCGACUGAAGUGAACUGGUUUUUGGUGUGCUCUGCGAUCAGUGCUCCGAGUGUGUGCAGGUUUUUGUCAACGUUUUGACGAGGAUUACGUGUGCUACGCACGUUACAUCGGCCCAUCAGAGACAUAAUUCUUGGCAUGCGUAGGCCGAAGGAGGAAGCAGGGGGAGAAUUGAACAGGACCGAGGAGCAUGGCGUAGUGCUCGUUUUGGGGGUUGCUGGGAGAUCAAAGGACGCGAAAGAGGGUCUGGCCGCUCUCGAGCGGUUCGAGAGCCGGUGAGCAUCGCGACGGGGCGAGCAACCCCGUUGCCUCGGCCAACGUCUAACAACCCUCCCGUCUGUCACUGUCGACGAACAACAGAACAGAUGUCCUGACAGCGGGCCCCGGGCCACCAGGAUGCCGACAGACGACGACUAUGGCCGAAGAGAACGUCUCCUACUGCACCAACAUCCGAUCCCUCAAUACGGGUCCUCGUCAUCUCCGGUUCCAGGAUCGAACGCCGGAACGUCCGGAAGUGUCGGUUCCCAGAUCGGUUCCACCAGCUCCUCGGACUGUUAUAAGCCAACGGCGCAACAACAGCAAACUGAUCUGCGAACGAAUGGAUCGAACGUCACCGUUGGCCAAGAUCGUUACCAGUCUGAUCAGUCCUCUCAAGGGAACGAGCACGUCGAUUAUGGAGGCCGUGAACGAAUGUCAGGCAUCGAGAGGCAUGACAAAUCAACGGACAAGCCAACGAUCGACGAUUUCCCAAAGUCCUGCGCGGAAACGCGUUCGAUACAGUCAAGUUGCGAGCGAUUCAGCCAUUAUCAGAAUCAAGAGAGAUUCGGUCAGCCCUCUUUGCAAGUCCACCACCAGUUUACCCCAGGGAGGUCGACCGCGUCUGGACAAUCGUUGUCCGGAAACGUGGUUCUGGCCGACCGUUUUCCACGAUUCAACGAGCUCACCGGUCUCCACGGUGAGCAGAGAUUGUCCUUGGCCCCGAGCGAACGCUUUCAACCGGCCACGAGCACCGAGCUUCGAUUCCAUCAUCCCCCUAACGAGCUGGUGUCAACCGGAAACGAAUACGCGAAUACCAAUAUCUUGGUAUCGGGCUGCGCGACCAGUCCAUUUUCAUCAGAGACGUUCCCCUCACCGCCAUCACCGGCACCAGCGAACGACCGUUUCGUUCCACCGCCGCCUCUGUCGCCCAGCCCAAGCGAGAAAUAUGCCUCGACCCAGAGUCUGGCUGGUUAUCCUGCUGCUGAUAGGAUUCUGCCCCCAGGUUCUCCAAGCACCAGAUAUGGCAGCGGCACGGCACCAGCUUCACCGAUGCCAACUAAAGAACGAUUCUCUUCGGCGGAACGAUUACUGGCCAAUCAACAGUCGUCGAGUUCCAUGCACGAGCCCAAGGAUCAGCAACGAUACGCUGGAACCAGUGAUCGCCUGCUGUCCGGAUCGUCGCCGGUGCUUGGAAGUCUACAAGCCAGUCUACAAGGGGACAGGGGUGGUAUAUAUACCACGAGCAAGGAUUCGACCGGAUCGAGAUACGGCGCCAUUUCGACGGACCGAUUACUCUCAUCGUCACCUAUACAUGCCCCAGUGCCAGAGAGGUUCGCCAGCAAGUCGACCGAUCGGUAUCUCGGCGAGUCGCCUGUACACGAACGAUACCAUCGACAGGAAGCGACAUCAGCCAUUCACCACGAUCGUUACUCGACGAUAUCGUCCAGCGCCGAAAGAUUCCUCUCCAAUUCACCUAAUCCCGAGGCCUCUCAUCAGCGUUACACGUCGACGGAGAGGUCACUGCAGGUGUCGUCUAGCAGCAACGAACAGAGACGUCUGUAUACCGAUCGAGGCGUCGAAACGGUCUGCCAGAAGUAUACAGACAGGUCCAGCGGAUCCCCCGCACCCACCGACUUCAACAGAUACUCCACAUUCCAGGAGGUUGGAAACACCCAGUCCAGAUAUGUCAGCACCAACGAUCGUUUCAACGAUCUCGCGAUACAGCGCUGCGGUCAGUCGCGAGCAAACGAUCGAUUCUGCGUAUCAAACGAUCGUUAUCUCACCAGUUCGUCACCAGGACACGACGGAAGACUGGCUAACAGCGACGCGACCAGGUACGUCGUCUCGGGAUCGUCGACGGAACGUCUGCUCUCCGGGACAUCCUCUUCGUCCUCUUCUUCGACCGACACGGUCGCCCGGUAUCACUCCUCCUACACAAACACGGCAGCCACCCAGUCCACCACUUCCAACGAUCGUUUCACCUCCGUCUCUCCUACUCCUGAAACAGCCAAUACCAAUCUGCGGUCAGCAACAGGAACUGGAACAACCGGUGGCGCAGGGAGUUCCGGAUAUCAGAGUACGACAAAAAGCAGCGUCGACAAAUAUCUUCAGGUGUCAAAGUCUGUGCAGAGCUACGGGAACGAUCGCUAUACCAAUCCAGGCGAUCAGUUCGACAGGCUCAGCCAGGAUCGUUACGACAGAUUCGCCAAUCCUGUCAGCACCACGGAUCGCUUCACACCUUCGUCCGGUACUCCUGAUCGCUUUCAUUCUGCCACUGAUCGAUACUCUCCUGUACGCGCCGCGGACAAGUAUCUAUCCUUGCCGAAACCCAAGGAUCGAUACACCGGUCGCAUAACACCGAUCUCGUCUUGUGGUACUUCGGUGGUUGCCACGUCGACCGAUCGAACUUAUGGCUCGACUAGCGCAACAGGAAGCUACGUUCCGCCAACCGCGCACACGCCUGUCGAACGAUACGUGCCUCAACCACCUCCGGAGGUUCUCUACCCGGACAGAUAUGUCGACAGAUACGUACCACCCUCUGCACACACGCCUACCGAUCGUUAUGUGCCCACCAACGAUCCAGGUGAUCCAUACAUGAGACGAGAUCUUGGAUUCCAUCAUCAUUAUCGGCUACCACCGCCUGCCGGCUACCCAUACCAUCAGUCUCAUUUCCGACUUCGCGGUUUCGCGUACGCAUCACCAGGUCGCCUCGGUGGUAGCCCGGGUUCUAGUAGUUCGAGUAGCUCGGCAUCUAAUCAGAGAGAUGGCUUCUCGAUGUCCCCGCUGCUCAGACCCAAGGUCCGUGCCUCUGCGGUUGAGUUCCCGACAUCGUCUACUGGAGUUGUUGGUCGUCACGUGUGUACUAACCCACCAUCUUGUUGCAACGAGGUAUCUGCAAGUGGAAGAGCCUGUUGUCAGGCGAUUAGAAGGUCUCUGCCGCCGGGGGCGUUGCCGUCGAUACCCACGCAAUCUUCCUGGCAAUCAUCGCCAGGGUCCGGCACAACCGGCACAUCCACGGUUUCUUCGAGUGCCCCUGAUGGAGAAAAUGGCCAGAGCAUCAGCUUGUACCCGGUGGGAAGCGUGGGUCCAACAUCAACGAACCCGACAACUGCUGCGCCAAUCACAACCACAGCAACGAUAUCCUUGGCCACCCCUGGACCCAGGACCCAAGAACCUGGGCCAAGUAUCACAAGAAGCGUAUCAGCACCCACUGCACCCAGGCCAGUCGUUCAGCUGGCCAGCACUUCCAGCAAUCCUGGCACACAGAAACACAGGUUGAGGAGGACUAUGAGUCGCACCGAGGCUAUCAGGAACUACAUCAGACGCGAAACAGCACAAUUCUUCGGCGUGGACGAGGAGUCCGAGGCUGUGGAGAGACAAAGAUGGUUGGAUCGAAGACGAAGAAUGGCAUCGAGGAAAUACGGUGCCCUUGUUCCGGAACACAGACCGCCGGAUCCUGAUAUUACCAGGGACGUGCCAGAUACUACCGAGGUGCCAGAAGGUGUUACAUUGAGGAGAUGGCAGCAACCAGUCAGACGAAAAGAUUCUGUGGCCAGAAUGACACUUUCGGGGCUUCAUUACGUCGUCGAGUCGUUGAGAAGACAACGGCGAGAAGGAUCGCAAGUCAGACCCGAGUCACGAAGCUUCCCACCGAGCGUAAUUGACUACAUGUCAAGGUCAGAGGCGGCGACGUCCCCGGAAAGCGGCCAGGAUGAAGAGGAGUCCUUCUUCGACAGGCCACCGCCACCCCCGCCGCCGCCUCCGCCACCGCCUUCGCAACAAUCGCAGUCUCAAAUCGAACAGGGACUCGGUGGUUUGGUGAAAGACGGCGAAGACAGUGCAAAAGUCGCCGAUCUACUUGAAUCUGCGGGCGACAGAGAAACAUCCGAGGAAUUGGUUAGGUUUGCCUCGCAGAAGGAUGACAGGACGUCGGUGGAUGGACAGGUCAGAAGAGCUCGCCACAUUUCGAGGGACCAUUACAUUUCAAGAAAAACGAGUUGGGGCAGGUCGAGGUUGGGUUUGAGUUCGAUGAUGCCGCCGGACGAGGGGGUGACGCUUAGAAGGGAUUUGACCGGUGCUACGAGAAUUUCACCGAGUACCAUCGACCGAAUAUUCGACAACAGUAACAGACGACAGUAUGGCAUGGGUAUCGUUGGGAGAUUUUUGGGGAGAUCUUUUCGAAAGAGCGUGUCUCAGAAACCGGACGUCAGAAGGCAGCUGGACGACUUCGAAGAUCAUCGUCCGUAUUUUACGUAUUGGAUCACCACCGUUCAAGUUCUUAUUUUGAUAAUCUCGUUAGCGUGUUACGGUUUUGGACCUGUGGGCAUGGAUCUUAGUCACAGAUCGGGCUUGGUUCUCGUGACCAGUCUGUCGUUGCAACAAGUGGACUACCAGGAACCAGCGAAUUUCUGGUUUGGUCCGAGGGCCGCGGAUUUGAUUCAUCUGGGCGCGAAGUUUGCACCGUGUAUGCGUCGCGAUAUUAAAAUUUUGAAGGAGAUCGACGUCUGGCGGGAAAGAGAACGGGACACCGCAUGCUGCAUCAGAAACGACGACUCUGGCUGCGUGCAAUCCAGCAAAGCGGAUUGCUCUGUCCGGGGAUUGAGAUCGACUGCCACGAACACGAUAUCCACAUGGAAAAAAUGGGGACCUGGGGACAGUGGACCGGGAGGACGCAUAAGCGGAUCGGUUUGCGGGUUGGAUCCAAAGUUCUGCGACGCUCCUGCUAGUAUAGCACCUUACGAAUGGCCUGAUGACAUCACCAAGUGGCCCAUCUGCCGAAAAACUAAUCCGUUUAAUCAACGGUUUAGUAGAAACGGGAGUCAACGGAGCAAUGGAAAUUUCCCAGUAAGCCGAUACAAGGACAAGAUGGCAGAGCAUAUGGUUUGUGAGGUGAUCGGUCAUCCCUGUUGCAUCGGUAUCCACGGGAUGUGUCGCAUCACCACCAAGGAAUAUUGUGAUUUCGUACACGGCUACUUCCACGAGGAGGCGUCGCUCUGUUCCCAGGUCGAGUGUUUGCACGAUGUCUGCGGUAUGAUACCAUUUCUUCAUCCCGAGUGGCCAGAUCAGUUCUAUAGGCUCUUCACCACCAUGUUUCUUCACGCUGGAGUUCUUCAUCUGUCGAUCACGCUAAUGGUUCAGUAUUUCUUGAUGCGGGACUUGGAGAAGUUAACUGGCUCGCUGCGUAUCGCUUUGAUUUAUUUUAUCGGCGCAUUAGCUGGAAACUUGGCCAGUGCGAUAUUCGUUCCUUACAGAGCAGAGGUGGGGCCAGCAGGGGCGCACUUCGCCCUUCUCGCCACGUUGAUCGUCGAGGUGCUGCACUGUUGGCCGAUGCUAAAGCAUCCUCGCCGAGUCCUGUCGAAGCUGAUCUUCGUCCUUCUAGGCCUGCUAAUCCUUGGCAUGCUUCCAUGGGUGGACAACUACGCUCAUCUGUUCGGUUUCAUCUUCGGUUUCCUGGCGGCAUACGCGCUGAUGCCUUUCAUCUCGUUCGGCCACUACGAUCGUCGCCGCAAGAUUUGGCUAAUUUGGAUCUGUCUGAUCCUCAUCGUCGUCCUGUUCACCCUUCUUCUAGCCCUGUUCUACAACGUGCCAGUGUACGAGUGCGAGGUGUGCAAGCUGUUCAAUUGCAUCCCGUUUACACGUGACUUUUGCGCCUCGCAGAACAUCAACUUCAAACGGGAGGAACCCGUAUGACACACGGGGCCGUGUUUCGAAGUCGAGUUCGAACCAUCAUUCUACGUAAUCCGGAAUCAAACGACGAUGCCCUGCGCUCGUUUGAUCGCGCUGGCUCUGGUAUGGAGUUCAAACCGGUGCAGAAACGAUCAUCACGAUUGAAGAAGAACGUGAGGCCACGAAAUCAGCACGAGCCUUGGAUGACUUGAUGUGUGUUAAUGUAUCAAGGAAUCCAGAGAUACUCAUCCCAGACAAACGACACUGCCUUAAAGUAAAAUAACUCCACCUGGGAUCCUCGAGGUCUCUUUUAGCCAAUGGACCCUGUACGCUCCUUGGUGGGAUGUAAAUAUUAGAGAAGAGAGAAAAAAAAAAAAAAACAACGCGCCUUUAACGUAACGCGACCAUCGUUCUUGACGAUCGUGCUUCGAUGAUGGAUGCAUUGAUCCAAAGCGAAGAUGAAAGUGAAACGUUCGUGAUAGAACGAGACAGAAUAUUUGUGGACGAUUUGCAAGAGUGUUUUACGACGAAACGACGACGAGAUCGUUGGAGAGCGGGAAAGUCUUCUCACCCUCUCUUCGAACGUUUAACAAAGAAAGAAAGGAAAUGAACACGUGUACAUAGAACGAAGACUCUUGUUACAUAUACAUAUACAUACAAGCAUAAGAACGACCUUAAUAAAUUUAAUUUUAGAGAAAGAAAAAGAGGGGUAGAGAUGAAGGGGGCAACAAGGGAACGUUGAAAGUGUUUAGCAGCCCGUACCUCUGACGUUGGAACUAUAUCUGUGAUGGGCGAACACGAUUGUCUUCGAGAAUAUUUUUCAUAAUACGUCAAGCGGUGCAACAUCUUGGAAGGAGAUCUUACGCUGGUUACGAACGUGAAUCGAAUGAGCUUAACUCUCUGGAAGGUUAGGCUGGUGAAGGUGGUACAAUUGAUAAUGAAAACGGAUUAGAGCGACGUUCGAGAAGAAAGUGUUAACGAUAAGUAUAUAUCGGGUGAAGAUUUUAAUCUUCAAAAAAAAAGAAAAGGGGGAAAAAGAGUAAAAACGAAUCAAUUUUUUAUAAAUGGCGUGCGAGAGCGGGAGAAUGUGAGCAAGGGAGCGAUUAUCAGUGAACACUUAAUCAAUUUCCACCUUGUACAUAAUUAUAGAUGCGAGAAGAAUCGGCUGGAGAUAGAAACGAGGUAGGGAUUGAGGAAUGAAGGAGAGAAGGAUGGACGAGAUAUGCAGAAGAGCGAUUAAAUUGCGCUAAGGUAAAACAAGCAGAGAGAAAGAAAGUGAGAGAGAGAGAGAGAGAGAGAGAGAGCGGGAGAAAGAGAGAGAAUAAAGAUGAAACAAAGCAGCACUGUGACAUUCGCGAAUGUGUAUUUUAUUAUAACGGGUAUGUAAAUGUAAGAAACGAAGAAAGAUUGUCUGAGAGAAGUGGAAGAAUGAAUCUGUUCUUGUCUGCGUCUUGUCGCGUGUAAACGAUGAUUGAGUAUGUACACACGAGGAAAAAAAUAGCAAUAGCGAACAUGAUGUGCCACAACGUGGAGAUCGUCGCAAAAAUAAAUGUGAAAGUGAUUCGAGAUAGAGAAGAUAAAAAGAGGAGUAAGAGGAAAAGAAACGCGUUUCUUCUAUAAUGUCGUGUCGCGCGUUCAACCAUUCGUGAUCUCUCAUUCAUUCUAACGUAGCAUGCUCGACGAGGAAGUCGAUUAGGUUUCGUCGACGCAGCUACGUCGAUCGGUUUUCACGGGAAUCAUAGAAACAUGCCGUAGAAGGAAAGUGUGCUUUCUGCUUCGUAUUUGCACAUGUGUUCAGAGGAAGUUGAAUUUGACAAUUUCAAAUGUCGAGGUUUUGAAACACAGCUAUAUCUCCUAUUAUUCCUUCGUCUUCAGAACUUAAUCUGAAAUUAUCGUUUGUACGUUAUAAAAUUGAUAGAAAUUACUUCAUUUAAUGAUAAAUGUGAUAUUGCUUUUUUCAUAAUACAUAUCAAAAAGUUUCAUUGAUUCAUUUUUUUUUUAUAUACGCUCAGUGAAUACCAGUCAAUUAGUUUUGAAUUAAGAAUAAUCGUCGCGAAAUCUUGAAGCACUUGUUUUUACUUAUUAAAGAAAGUAGAGUACAAUAUCGUUUAAAUAUCUUAACGAAACAGAGGAGUGAAUCAGAAGCAUCGUUUCCUUCUCUCAACAACAAUUCCUUCGUACAAUUUUUAAGAACGUAACAAGCUAUACCAUGUUGAUUAUGGAUUCUUAGCGUUCCUUUUUUCGAAUUUCGCAAAGGCAUGGUUUUCUAUCCUCGUAUGUGUUGAGCAUGCCACGAGAAAACCAGUGAUCUGUACACGAUAGUUGUAAUCGUCGGAAUGAGUAAAUAUAUUCGUAAUCGCUCGUGAAUAAGUGUAAUGUUAAUUGGAGUAACGCGAACAUUAUCCUGAGAUAUAAAACGCACUUUUUUAAAAGAAAAAGAAUGAGAAAAACGAAAAAAAAAAAGAAAAAAAAAAGAGACGAACGCAACUCUACGAUGGUAUAUUAAACAGCAUGUAACGAUUUAAUUAUUCUUCAUAUAACCGACAAACGAUUUUUAUACAUUUCCCUGCGUAUAAUGUAUCGCUAGCGCUUGAAGAGUCUCAAAAUUUAUAGCGAAAAUAAACGUUUUCUUUCAUUUUUUAUCGGCAACGCUUAAGGAGAGGUGAAGGGGAAUCAACGUUAGUUUAAAGACACUUUACCUUUUGGCUUGGAUAUACUCGGAUAAAAGGUAUAAACGUAAAGGAACCCUUAAGCAAGAAGUAUGUUUGAAAGUACAAUAAAAACCGCAGUAUCGGUGAUUCAUUUUUACAUUAAUUUACUCAAUUUCUUUGAAUAUAAUAAAGUCAGAGUGCAACCUCCUCUGUGAAUUAUGGCAAAUGCGACAAUUACGAUAAUCGAAAACCAUGCUCGAUGAAGAGGAAAGGGAAGUUUAUUUGUCGUGAUAUCUCGACCAAAUCUCGACUUGUGUAUUUUCAAUUGAAAAUUUCGCGUAUACCUUCAUGCUUCCUUGUCGACUGUUUUUUACCGUUUGCCCGACCAGGCUACGCACAAGUUUCCGCCACACAAAGCCACAUUAACGACCGGUCGGCACGAAUUCACCUGUUUCUAUGUGAAGGAAUCAACAUUAUAAAACGAUUAAGCGAGAAUUAAUGAAAGGCCAGCCCGCUUGUUCUCGCGGUGGUGGUAAGAACACUGGUUUUUCUCUUUCGUAAAAAUUAUCGUUACCUUGAAACGAGCUCUUGAAGCUCGAUUACGUUCGGCAAGAAAUAUCCGAAAGUCGAUCAAGCGAACUUGUCCCUAACACGUUUAAUACGUUCAGUUCUAUCUUUCGGAAUAUCUGAGUUUGAGUGGCCGUAGCGAGUGGCCACACGUAGGGUAGUUAGUUGGAGGAAUUUUUUCAGCUUGUAGAAAUUUCUUUUUACCAGGAAUUCUGUUUUAAUUCACUCUCAAAGAGAAUACCUUUGCGCAGAAAAUUCUUUGUUCUCAGAGGAGUACCUUUUUUAAGAGAAAUUCUCUUUUCAAGCGAUCGCCUUUUUAGGAUGAAUUCCGCUUUAAAGGAAUCCUUUUUAAAGAAAUUUUUACGAAGAAUCUGUGAAAUACGAAAAAUAUCGAGGUACAUGAAAUCGAAAGAAUGCAACAAAAUUUGAAUAGAACCCGCUUAAACCG